ACAUUACUUGUGUGCUUCUGGCACUGAAUGCACUGCCACUAAAUUGUGUUAAGCAGCAUUAUAAAAUAAUGUAGCUGUUAGCCGAACCUAGCGUUACUUUAGUUGGCUGCUUUGUGUCUGAUUUCCAUUCAUCUUUAAUCAAAUUCAGGUGAAAAUGGGAAAGAAACGGGGGAGGGAAAGGAGCUCCAGAGAGGACGAUGAAAUUGACCUGACAGGUCCAUCCUGCAGGCAUAUCAAGAAGGGCUCAGACCAAACUCUUCUAAAGAAACUCUCUGGGAGUUCAGAUUGGACAAGUUGCCAGGAUUGUAAGCAUGAAGAAAAUAAAGAAAAUAUCAGCACGACUGUGCCAGAGGACCCCAGGGAGGAAAAAGAAACAGAACCAAUAUGGAUGUGCUUGAAAUGUGGCCACAGAGGGUGUGGACGAAACUCAGAGAACCGGCAUGCCAUCAAACAUUACGAGACUCCCCGGUCGGAUCCACAUUGCCUGGUGAUCAGUUUGGACAACUGGAGUGUGUGGUGUUACAUAUGUGAUGAUGAAGUCCAGUACUCUAGAACAGGACAUCUGGCUCAGCUGGUGACCAACCUAAAAAAGCAGACCUCUGCAGAUCCCGUAAAGACAACACAGAAAAAAGUGAAGGAGGAAGACAGCUCGUUGGAAGUUGAACAGAAGACAGUGACUGUAAAAGCAGCAGCAGAAGAAGGUGAAGACAAAGAAAACAAGGACCACCAAAAGAAAAAUUCCAAAAAAGAGAAUAUUGGGAAAUCACAAAAGUCUGGCACAUCUGAAGAGAAGGGUGGUGUUUCAGUAAAGGGGCUGAGCAACCUGGGAAACACGUGUUUCUUUAAUGCAGUCAUUCAGAAUCUUUCUCAAACACAGCUCUUAAGACAGACUCUCAACAAAGUGACCGAAGAGAAAAUGAAUCUUAACAUUAAACCUGAUGCCUCCUUGGAUCUGGAGCCUAUCGUUAUGCAGCUAGACCAGCCGGGAUCCCUGACCUUGGCAAUGUGUCAACUACUGAAUGAGAUCCAGGAAUCCAAGAAGGGUGUGGUAACACCGCGGGAGCUGUUCUCACAAGUUUGUAAAAAGGCUGCCAGGUUCAAGGGAUUUCAGCAGCAAGAUAGCCAGGAGCUUCUGCGCUACCUCCUGGAUGGGAUGCGAGCUGAGGAGAUCAAAAGAGUAACUUCAGGGAUCAUGGAGGCAUUGAAAGAAUCCAGAAAAGGCAUAGAUGCAGAGCAGCUGAGAAAAAUAGUGAAAGAGUACGAGAAAAAUGGUUUACCUAAAAACUUUGUCGACCAAGUUUUUGGUGGGGAGAUGACAAGCACAAUAAUGUGUCAGCAGUGUAAAACGGUGUCUGUGGUCACAGAGAUGUUUUUGGAUCUUUCCCUUCCUGUUUCUGAUGAGGCAUACAGAAAGAAGAACCCGAAAAAAGUAGUUCAGAAGACCAGUGAUUCAAACCAGGAUGGCAGAAACAGUCCUGCCUUGACAAAUGGGAAUGAUGACAUCCCCACCGGGUCCGGCAGCAAGUACCAGCAGAAGAAAGCCAAAAAGCAGGCAAAGAAGCAGGCAAAGCAACAAAAGAGGCAGCAGAAGAUUGAGAGCAGAGUCACUUUGGACAGCCUCCCGUCUCCGAGCUGCACAGAGAGUGAAGAGAUUGAUCCUACCACAGAUGAAAAGAACAGGGAAAAGGCUGCCAAUGAAACACGUGAAGAAGUCUCACAAAGUGAAGGAAAUCCUGCACAAAUCAGUGUGUCUGAACAGCACCGAGAGAACCUUGACCCCAUCCAGGAUCAGAAGGAAAACGAAGACAACGAGGAUUUAGUGAUUGACUGCGACUCAUCAGCUAUGUCAUCAGUCAGCAACCGUUUUACCAUCCUAUCAGAGGAGCAGUCCUCAAGGGACAGUGUCUCAGUCGAUGACAAAGUAUGUAACAUGGAUCAGGAAGAAGAAGAGGACACACAGCUAGUGAGUGCAAUGGAGAAAGUAACCCUGGAUGAUGCCUUUAUAGAGGACUCUGACGCUGCAGAACAAAGCAUGGAGAAUGGAGAUGAGCCACUGGAGGCUAAAGAGUACACUGUAGUAAGUCAAGACCCAGAGCUGGCCUUCCACACACUGGCUACCAGGACAGCCCCUGAGAAACAGGAGUGUUCGGUCCAGUCAUGCCUUUUUCAGUUCACAGAGGUGGAAACCCUCACGCAGAACAACAGCCUUCUUUGUGUCACCUGCACUAAACGGCAGCCUAACAAAGACAAAGCUGGAGGAUCCAAGAAGAAUAUCUACACUGAUGCUUUGAAGCAAAUGCUGAUCUCCUCUCUCCCACCAGUGCUGACCCUUCAUUUGAAGAGAUUUCAACAGAAUGGAUACAGUAUUUGUAAGGUGAACAGACAUGUCCAAUUCCCCCUGAUGCUGGAUCUAGCUCCCUUUUGUGCAGUUAAAUGCAAGAACUUGGCAGAGGGAGAUACUCAAAUUUUAUACAGUUUGUAUGGUAUUGUAGAGCACAGCGGAACAAUGAGGUCAGGUCAUUACACAGCAUAUGUGAAAGCACGACCUGAGUGCCCUAAACCCUCAUCCAACGGACUUGCAGCUGAAGGAAAUGCAGAGCCACCCAGAGGAUCAUGGUUCCAUAUCAGUGACACAAGCGUUCAGCCUGUGAGCGAGAGUAAAGUCCAGAGUUGCCAGGCCUACCUCCUCUUCUAUGAAAGAGUUCUCUGAUCAAACUGUGCCUCAUCUCUCAGGAAAUUCAAACAAACAAACCUGCUCCUGCUUCAGCUCCUCAGUAUAAGGGAUCUCAAACAAUUGACCAAUGAGUUUUGUCAGUGACUCAAACUGUGCUGUGAUGAAAUGAUAUUGAUUAUGCAGAGUGGACAUUUGACAGUGUUGACAUUUUGAUGGCAGUGGUUUCACAAUGUUUGAAGUAUCAAGGACCAACCAUUUGUCUCUCACACUCUUGGGAAUAUCGCAGUGUGCAAGGAAAGUCAAGAUGGACAUGGAAAAGAUAGUGGUAUUUGGAUUUGUUGCAAAAAUUAAUUUCAGGAGAUGAAUGGUAGAUGGGUGAAAAUGAUUUGUAAAACAUAUUUAUAUGUCUAUUUUUUAUCAAUAUCAUGUAAUGAAAUGCUUAAAAA